AAAAAUACUAUUUGAUAACUAGAAUGAUGAGCACCGCGGCGACACUCUUUAUUCAAAUCAUUACAUUUUUUCUCUUUAGCGCCACUGUCUCAUCAUCAUCCACUCCCAGUGGUGGCGGCUUCAGCAUCGACUUAUACCAACGUCGCUCUUCUUCUCGAAUCUCUAAUACUCAGAUCAGAUCAUCUCCUUACGCCGAUACCGUCUUUGAAAAAUCCGUCUACCUUAUGAAAUUACAAAUCGGUACGCCUCCCAUCGAAAUCGAAGCUAUCUUAGACACAGGAAGCCAAAUCACGUGGACAAACUGUUUUCCUUGUAAUGACUGCAUUAAACCAUUAUUCGACCCUUCAAAAUCCUCGACCUACAAAAAUAAAAUAUGCGAUGGUGGCAGUCCUUGUCCGUUUGAGAUAAACUACGAAGACAGAACAUAUUCAAGAGGAACAUAUGCAACCGAGACUAUCAGGAUCAAAUCAACUUCAGGGAAACCCUAUGUAAUGCCUGGAACAACCAUUGGAUGUUCCCACAACUCGUCAGCAGAUUUUAAAAAACCAUAUAAACCUUCGGGGGUUGUUGGUCUAAACUGGGGAUCUUUAUCACUUGUCUCUCAAAUGGGUGAAGACAUGCUAGGUCUUAUGUCUUACUGUUUUUCUCCUAAAGGAACUAGUAAGCUCAACUUUGGAAGUAAUGCUAUUGUGUCAGGAGAUGGCACUGUAGUAGCCAAUAUGUAUAGGAAGAAGGAGGCACCCGAUUAUUAUUUCCUAAACCUAGACGCUGUCAGCGUUGGGAAGACUCGCAUUCAAACACUGGGGACACCGUUUCACGCCUCAAAGGGGAACAUUAUUAUUGACUCUGGAACAACUGUCACUUACUUGCCCGAGAGCUACUGCAAAAAAGUGAGGAUUGCAGUGGAAAAGGUUGUGAAAGCCGAACGAGUAGCUUCCUCAGAAAAAGAUCUUUGCUACAAAACGAAUAACAUGGAUUUAUUUCCAGUAAUAACAAUGCAUUUCCAAGGUGGUGCGGAUCUUGUUAUGGAUAAAUACAAUACGUUUAUGACCAGUGGAGGAGAAAUCACUUGUCUGAUAAUUAUUUCUGGUACAUCUACACCAAUUUUUGGUAACAGAGCGCAAAACAAUUUUUUGGUUGGGUAUGAUCCUUCUUCACAAUUGGUUUCUUUUAAACCCACUAAUUGUUCAGCUUUGUGGAGUUAGACAAACCAAGAGAGUCAAUUUCAUUAAUAAGACCAUAGAUAAUGGAUUUGUUUAUGUAAAUGAGUUGUUGUGUCACUAUCAUAAUAAUAUUUACUUAAUUUUCACAUGUUUUUUC